AAAGCAAACGAACUUUACACAAGCAGCAGAGUUGAGGAAAAAGAUCCAUCAUCAUCAUCACAAGCUGGCUGCUGCCGAAAUUGGCUUUUGAAAAAUUCUUCAGGAAACUGUUUCCCAAUCGGGUGCAAGUGUUGUGCAAAGUUUCAAGUGAAGAUUUCUGCAGCCGACAGCAGACGUAGAAGAAUAGGAAAAAGUCUCCACAUCCGGAAAUUCUAGAAAACUUGCAGUGGUUUCAUCGUCGUCGCUUGGAAAGAGGCUAGCCACCAUCAUCUGCUGCGCUUCAGUGAAAGAGAAACAGACGAAGAAGGAAGCCAUCAUCGUUUCAGCGCCUCGCAGUGCGAAACGGGAAAAAAUAAACGGUGACGAGUGAAAAGAAGGCGUUGAAUUUUAUGAUUAGAAAUCCGCUGACGGAAGGACAAUCGUAAGGAGAUUUUUGUUUCGAAAAUAAUUUUGUUGCUAACGGCACAACAACAUGGCGCAGAACAUCAAUCCGGAACGAGCUGCUUCGUCGAAUCCAUCGAAGCAAAGUGACGAAACCCUGAUAAAUAAUAACAAUCAUGCUGUUAGUAAAAGGCUGCAAAAAGAGCUGAUGGCACUGAUGAUGUCAUCGGAAAAGUCCAUCUCGGCCUUCCCUGAGGGUGAGAACUUCUUCAAAUGGAUCGGUACCAUCUGCGGUCCGGAGGACACCGUGUACAAGGGCCAGAAGUACAAGCUGCUGCUUGAGUUCCCAAAUUCGUACCCGUACUCGGCUCCUAAUGUGAAAUUUCUCACGCCUUGCUUCCACCCGAAUGUGGACCUCAGCGGGUCCAUCUGCUUGGACAUCCUGAAGGACAAAUGGUCGGCGCUGUACGACGUGCGGACGAUUCUGCUGUCGAUCCAGUCGUUGCUCGGAGAGCCCAACAACGAUAGCCCGCUGAAUUCGCAAGCCUCCCAGAUGUGGCCCAACCAGGUCGAGUACAAAAAGUUCCUGGAUGAGUUCUAUGAGAAGCAUAAAGAGGCUUAAGGAGGUCAUAUACAGGGGUGUGUGAGUGAUUACAAAAA